AUGCACCGCUCCGGGAUGUCCAUCUCGGAAAUACACAGGAAGCUCAGUAUGUUGGACUCUACAGUGACCUAUCACAAGAUUCGAUCAUUUCUACGGAAGCAUUACUCUUACCGAGUAACUCGUGCUGCUCCCUAUCGAGCCCGAAAAUUUCGCGCAGUACUGCCUACGAUAAAAAGAAUUAUUGAGGAAGGCUUGCUCAGCCAGAACUUUCGCCCUACUUCUUCCCUAGUGAUGAGACGCCUUCGAGAGAAUAUCUUGAUCAGCAGAUCACACGUUUCUCGCUUGAGGGUGAAGCUAGGGUAUCGUCGAACGACGACAAAAUACUGUCACCUGAUUAGGGACGCCAACAAGGAGAAGAGGUGGGAUUUCUGCAGAAGAAUUGAUAGAAUCGGACGAAGAUUUUCAGCGCAGUGCACGUCUCUCAAAAAGCCGAGCGGUCACUCGGUGGGCUGUACGGACACCGAACCCCCGGAUCGACAAUACAGGCUCUUGUACAUAGACGCGAGUUAUGAAGGAAAUUUUUCAGUCGAUUGCUGCGUUAAGUACUGCUACGUGAAAAAAAGGCGCUUUCUUCGCAAGACUUCGAUCCAGAGCGAAACACAUCCUGCAAAGCUCCAUGUUUGUGGGGGAGGAAUAUCAGUGAGGGGAGCAACUGCUCUUGCCGUAUUUCCCGGUACCACGAGAAUGGAUAGCGAGAAGUACUGCCAGAUUUUGGAGCGGUGCUACAUCCCAUUUUGCAAGAACAUCUGCAACGGAUACGGAGCUCUUGUGCAAGACAACGCGCCUGCACACAAGAGCGCUUACACCACUGAGCGCUUACGAAUGUGGAAAGUCCGGCUGUUUGAGUGGCCUCCAGAGUCGCCUGACCUGAACCCAAUCGAGCUUUGGGCGCAGCAAGUGAAGGCAAUAGAUCAGGUUCCUGUUCCUUUUCGAAUCGAAUAUAGAGCAUUGACCCCAUUCGCCCCUUAUUCUUAG